AUGGAGAAUAUUCAGUACGAACUAAGAUACUUCAAGACUGCGUACGACCUUUCGGAUAACGAGUCCGAUGACGAACAAACAGCCCAGUGCGAGACUUGUCAUGGGCAAUUGAAUGAAAUGUAUCGAUGCACUAGGUGCGAAUGUGACCUUUGCGACAAGUGCUGGGAGAUUAGAAAGUCGCAUAAGCCCGGCACCAAACCCCAUGAGAAGUCACUCCCGAAAGAUGUCAGGACGGUCAGUGACGCUCUCCGUCUUACGGAGAGUAAGAACAAAGAACUGGAGCACAAUCGCGAGCGUGACGCCGGUAACAUGUGGUUUGGUGUUUCGGAGCCCCAAGGCAAAGAAGGAGAAUACUUCUUGUAUGAAGGAAUGGCCUACGAGGACCUCAUGAUUGCGGGUCCGUCCUGCCGUCCAACCACGACUUCACCAAGUCUGGUGUCCUUCAUCGGAGAAACAGGUUCUGGCAAGAGUGCAUUGAUCAAACUUCUAAUACUAUUCUCAGAGAAUCGCAAGCGGCGUUUUCCCACUCCUAUAGUCAGCCCCCGGGAAAGCGGGCGCUCGACUUCUUCGAACGUGCACCUAUAUGUCGAUCCUUCAACAGUUGAGCAAUCUACUACAAUCCUAUAUGCUGAUUGCGAAGGCACAGGGGGUUCUGAAAAGACCAUCGAUGUCGAAGAUAAGAAUGUUGAGGUUUACUCGCCGCAAGCAUUCCACCCGACACCUAUCAAGUGGGGGCACAUUGAUGCGGACGGUACCCAGACCAAAUCUAGGCACUAUAUUACCAAGACCCUGUACCCACGGGUGCUCUACAUAUUUUCCAAUGUAGUAGUCUAUGUACUGUGGAACAAAAAGCGUAAGGAAGACAUGAUCGUUGACCUCCUACAAUGGGCCCAUAACGCGACGGAUCAGUCAUAUAACAAGCCAGUCUUACCCAGUCUUGUGAUCGCUUUGAACAGAGAAGAGGCCGGUCCCAAUGAAGACUUCUACUCUAUCGCCACAGCCACGAAUGACUUUCUGACGAACGACGACGUCAAAAACAUUCACAUGAAUCCGCGGAUAAAAGAAAAAUAUACUAAUCAGUGGAAGAAACGAGAUCGUAGCAGUGCUAUCCAUUCAGGAGAAGACCUUUUGAAAUGCUACUUUUCAGACGUAAACGUCGUUCACUUCCCUAAUCAAGACUGCCCGUCAAAGAUGCAUAGCCAAAUUACGGAACUGUAUCAACUGCUAUCUAGUCUCUCCAUCACAGCGCAAAAGAAGCGAGCGCAAAUGCAGAUGGACCUAACCGCAGCAUCGUUCCCCAUGUACUUCAGAAGCGCUUUCGGCCAUUUUGCUUCCAACUACAAGAAACCGUUUGAUUUCAGCGAGGCCUGGUUUGAUUUGUGCCCCGUUGUAUUCCAGUUUAGGGAUUCGAUCCUUAGUCUGGCACAUCUUGUCAGCAAGGAUAGUGGUCUAAACGGCAUGGAAUUAUGGGAAGAUUUGACUGAUUUUAUCGCGUCUUGCUUUCUUUUGAGCUGGAGUCGAAAUAAGAUUCAAGGGGGGAGCUUUGCGCUGCAGCGAAGUUCCCUCGUACUGCACUACAUGGCUAACGGGUUGGUGCUAGGUUCCCCAGAAGGUGUCUUUGAGGGACACCUUGAACAGCUCAAAAUCGCAUUUAGCGGAUAUUGGAACCGUUUCUGGCCGUGCGAAGAAAUAUUUCUAGUAGACGGCCAGCACGCGCGAUGUGUCAACAGCAAGAUUGGUCAUCAACACCACCAAUUUAGCGUGGAUGGUACCAAGUGUGAUAUCAAAAUCCCCGGAAAUAAAAUUACAGUAACAGGUUCACCGGAUGAUUUGUAUAAACCCCUCAAAGAUAGGGUUGCGAAAAAAACAAGGCAGCUCCACACCCAGUUGAGAACAGAUGAAGCUCGUAUGAAGCGACUCAGCCUAAGCCAAUGCGUGUCGCAAGAUCAUUUAAAGAACGUGGCGGCGUUUUAUAAAAACAUGAGGGAUCUGGAGACCUUCAGCAGCCACUCGGUGUGCUUCUCAUGCCUGGAUACCGCCCCCAAUAAUCACUUACCGUGCGGUCACGUUAUCUGCACGGCUUGUGUUCUCGAUAUCGUUGCUGCCAGCCCAAACAUAGACGGACCUUUUGCCAAUGGAUUUGUUCAACUCCACCACUGCCCGCUAGGGAGACACGGCAAGAAGUGGGAUGAACCAUGGGUUGGAGUGGUGAAGCCCGACCAGGCUGGAGUGCGGAUCAUGUCGCUGGAUGGGGGCGGUAUACGGGGUAUUAUUGAGCUAGAGCUCAUGAAGAAAAUCCAGACACGGCUAUGUGGAGUUCCAAUCCGAGAUUGUUUCGACCUAAUCGUUGGAACAAGUGUUGGGGGUAUUAUAAGUUUGGGUCUUGGUGUUAUGAAUAUGACAGUGGACGAAUGUGAAAAGAUGUUUGGCGAUUUCGUCCAAGAGUCGUUCACAACCAACGUCCCCGAGUCGUUCGGGACAAAACUGGGAUAUUUGGCACAAGCCAUAUAUAUAAGCAAGUAUGAAAGCAAGCCACUGGAGAAGGCAUUGCAGAAAGCCUUCCCGGAUCGUCUCCCGCUGUUCGGCGAGCCCUACCAGCCAGGACAAGCCUCCACUAGAGUGGCCGUUACGAGUACUACCAAAGAGGGCCGGGUACUCUUAAUGAGCAAUUACAACCGGAAACCUCUUCCCCUUGGUGAGCAAGAUUCCUUUUUGACUCGGCUAGUUUACUUCGAUAUGCUUACAAGGCGCGUUCGAGCAGCGUUGUAUCAAUUCCAUCGACCAGGACGUGAGAAGGAUCUGAAGCUGUGGGAAGCUGCGAGAGCAACCUCCGCAGCUCCCACCUUCUACACACCCUUCGCCCAUGCAGCUUCCGGUCAGACCCUACUUGAUGGUGGCCUCUAUAACAACAACCCCAUAAAAAUUGCCGAUGCUGAGAGCAAGGCCAUAUGGCCAGAUACCAAGUAUCGAAAGCCAGAUGUAAUCUUAUCGCUGGGUACAGGUUUCCUACCAGACGAAUUCAGCAUGGCCAGCGCACCAGCCAUCGUGGAACAUAUCCCUACAUCUGAACACCGCGAUACACGCGAGAUGAAGAUGAAAGUCUUGGAGUACUGGAGACUGUUAGGCGAGAUGUUUUACAAGCACCUCAUGAACAGCAUGUUGAGCGAGCGAGCGUGGUAUGAGUGGCUUGGAAUCAAGGCAUCCGACGAGGAAGACCGGCGCCGAUACCAUCGAUUAAAUGUCACACUUGACGAAGAUAUUGCGAUGGAUGAUAUUAAAAAAUUGGACGAUUGCCGAAGGGCGGUCCAAACGUGGGCUGGGAACAAUGAGAAUGACGCCACCAUCAUCGACAUAGCGAACCAUCUACUGUCGUCGUGUUUCUAUUAUGGUUUUGCGAAAGGAGAGAUCUACGAGACCUGGUAUGAGGGAUAUCGGUGCCACGGUAAGGGUGCUCUCCAUGUUUUGAAAACCUUUGCCCUCCGUCAACGUCGAAGAGAUCUAACUGAGGCAAUGAGCGCAGGGUCCAUCAAAUGCCGUCUUCCAAGUGGCGAGAAUAGUAGUACAUCCCAAUUAGGGCAAUACUGGUGGGACGCGUAUCGAUCGUCCGGGUUCCUUCCUCGAUUCUUGAUCAAAGAAACGCAUAGGGAGGGUAGAUGGGAAAUAAAACGGAUAUCUCGAGAAGCGAUUGAAAUCAUGGCCAGGAAGGGCGAAUUUCACUUCUUAGUGGAUGUACGAAUCUCAAGCAAAAGAGCCGAGACGGACAUUCGCCUAUGCAUCCGUUCAGAUAAGAAUGAAGGCAACCUCUUCCCAAUCAGUGGGUUUCCACGAAGACUCCAAGACGAUUAUCCAGGUAAAGUCUCCAAUGACCCGGCUCUGUUCUAUGUACAAGGUGAUGUUAGCUAA